GGGGGCAGUAGUGAACAUUUGUUGGUGUCUUUGGCGGAAACAGAGGAAAAGAAGAAGAAGAGAAGGAUUAGGUUGAGGCGCACGCUGACUCCUUCCCUCAGAACAAAAUGGCGGAAAUGGAGGGGUCCGCGAAAAAGAAGAAGAAACAAAAGAAAGUGAGCGAAGAAGAGGUUGGGGAAAUUCAACAAAGCGGCAACUUCAUCAUCCAACCAGAGUCCAAGGUUGCGUCUCUGGACACGUCCCAGUGGCCGCUUUUAUUAAAGAAUUUUGACAAAUUGAAUGUUCGCACAGCUCACUACACACCGUUGCCUAGUGGCAGUAACCCUCUGAAGAGAAACAUUCAGGACUACAUAAGGUCGGGCUUCAUUAAUCUUGACAAACCAGCAAACCCAUCGUCUCAUGAGGUUGUGGCAUGGAUCAGGAGGAUCCUUCGUGUGGAAAAGACAGGUCACAGCGGCACACUUGACCCCAAGGUCACAGGCUGUUUGAUUGUGUGUAUUGAUCGAGCCACCCGAUUGGUGAAAUCACAACAGAGUGCCGGUAAAGAGUACGUGGGAAUCGUUCGGCUGCACAAUGCGAUUGAAAGUGAACACACUCUGGCUCGGGCACUGGAGACACUCACUGGUGCUUUGUUUCAACGACCUCCACUUAUCGCAGCUGUAAAGCGUCAGUUGAGGGUCAGGACAAUCUAUGAGAGCAAACUGGUGGAAUAUGACCCAGAGAGGAGACUGGGUAUCUUCUGGGUCAGCUGUGAAGCAGGAACCUACAUCCGAACUCUGUGUGUCCACCUGGGGCUGCUGCUUGGAGUUGGAGGGCAGAUGCAGGAACUGAGGAGAGUCCGAUCUGGAGUCAUGGGAGAAAAGGACCACUUGGUGACAAUGCAUGACGUCCUGGACGCUCAAUGGCAGUUUGACCACAACAAAGAUGAGGCGUAUCUGCGACGGGUCAUUUUCCCCCUGGAGAAACUUUUAGUGUCUUACAAACGUCUAGUGAUGAAGGACAGCUCUGUCAACGCUAUCUGCUACGGAGCAAAGAUCCUCCUUCCCGGUGUCCUCAGGUACGAAGACGGGAUCGAGAUCAACCAGGACAUUGUGGUCGUUACAACGAAGGGGGAGGCCAUCUGUAUAGCUGUUGCAUUGAUGACAACGGCGGUCAUCUCCACAUGUGAUCACGGGGUCGUGGCCAAGAUUAAGAGGGUGAUCAUGGAGAGGGACACCUAUCCUCGAAAGUGGGGUUUGGGACCAAAGGCUGUUCAGAAGAAGAAAAUGAUCCAGAAAGGACUUCUGGACAAACACGGUAAACCAAACGGCAGCACGCCGCAGGACUGGACGAAUGAAUAUGUCGACUACAGUGCCCCCCAAGCAAAGCCAGAGCCCUCUGAAACGCCAGCUAAGAGGAAGCGUGAUACAGACAGUGAAUGUGAAGCAACAACACCCUCUGCAGAGGAAGUGAAGAAGGAGAAAAAGAAGAAAAAGAAAGAAAAGAAAGCAAGACAAGAGGAAGCAGAACCUGGGGAAGACGGGGCAGAGCCUGCAGAAACAGAGCCUCCAGCAGAGGCUGAAAGUGAGAAAAAGAAAAAGAAGAAAAAACGGAAAGAGGAAAGUGCGGAGUGAUUCCACUGUUGCAGAUGUUUGGACGAAUCAUUUGUUUCAUAAUUUUCUGGACUGCCUUCUUGGAUAUUUUUUUAUUGUGUAAAUAUGUUAAAGUCUGUUAUGACAGAAUAAACAUUUUGGUUUUUAA